AUGUCUUACAACGCCUCUUCAGCCGCCAACGGCAGCGCUCCUCGCGCUGCGGUCUGGAGCUUGAAGUCCUCCAACCCUGACCUCCCUGCUGAGUCGGCCAUCUUGCCCGAUGACGGCAGCAACGGCACUGAGUCCGUUUUUGACGAUGACAAGCGCCGUCGCGUCGAUCCUCGGAGCUUUGCUGAUGGUGACAAGUUCCGAUCUGUCGUCAAGAUUCAAGCUUGCUUCAACAAGGGCAGCGGCAACGUCUGGAUGAUGGGUUCUGGCUGGCUCAACAGCCCUGAUACCGUUGUCACUGCCGGCCACGUCGUCUAUGACUGGGGCCACCGUCUUCAGAGCGCUACCGAGAUCAAGUGCUACAUCGGCUACUCUGGUCGUGCCUCCGUCGGCACUCCCAACGUUCAAGCUCGCUUCGGCGAGCGCAUCAUCACCACCGCCGAAUGGAUUGAGGCUGCAGGGAACCGGAGACAUGAUGUUGCCUUCAUUAAGGUCAACCGCCCCUUCACCGGCAAUAUUAGAAACAUCCCCUUUCAGGAGACUCCUUUGUUCGCAAGAGGCGCCAACAUUGGUGUUGUUGGAUACCCCGGAGACAAGUAUCUUGAGGGCACGAACGGGGAGAGCGGAGAGAAGGGUGCUCAGAUGUACGAGGAGUUCGCGCCCACCAAGUACGACCUCAAAAAGAGCGAGCGGCACAUGAUUGAGUACCAGGUCUCGACUUUCGCUGGCCAGUCUGGUGCCCCCAUCUUCCAGGUUGAGAACAACGCCCUGGUGUCCAUUGGCACUCACUGUUACGGCGGUGGUGGCGACGAGAGCAACUCUGGCAACUCCAUCGGCGGCCCUUACGGUAACAACUACCAUGCCUUCUUCAAUCUCUUUGACAGCCCCCAGUUCCCCCAGGCACAGCGUCAGGGCAUCAAGGUUCUCACAGCCGAUGCCGAUGCCCGUCCUAGUAGCAACAUCGGCGCUUCCAAUGGGGCGCCCAGCAACGGGCAGGUCAAGACCGGCAGCUCCCCCUAUUCCAACGGUCACAGCAACGGUACCACGUACAACGGUAACGGAUAUGCCAACAGUGCUACCAAUGGAAACAGCAACGGCUACAACGGCUUUCGCCCGGAGAGUGUGGCUUCUCCAGCAGCGCCGACCCAGUACAGCACAGGCACGGGUCUUCAGGAAAGUUCGGAUGAGGAGGGCUUCUUCGAUAUCAUCAAGUCGAUCGCCAAAGUUGCAGGACCUGUCGUCUCGACAGUCAAUCCUUUCCUUGGACCCAUUGGUGGGCCCAUCGGUGCCAUCGCCGGAGGCAUCCUUUCUACUGUCGGAGGUGCGGAGAGCGCCCUCGAGGACGGGAACGCGUCUAGCGUGGUCGAGACUGCGAUCAACUCAGGCGCCACUGAGCGUGCGGUGCUUGCCGAGGCAUCGCUUCAAGCCCUACUGAAGGUCGAGGACAGCCCCGAGACUGCAGAGAUUCUCCACACCAUCAACUCCAAGUACAACGCCUUCAGAUCCAAGUUGGAUGCCAUCGCCAAGGUCGCCCAGCCCCAGCUCACGGAGGCUGGACUUCACCUGGCUCAUCUUCAGAUGGCGAAGAUGCAAGAGCGAGCGGCGUCUGGGGUCCAGGAGUCAGAAAUUGAGCUCCCUCGUACGCAGCUCAGGGGCCUCCAACUGUCUUCGUACAACCAGCAGGGCCCGCAGGGAGCCUUUGUCCAGGGCCUCCUGGCGCCUACUCUUCCCGUCUCUGGCGAAGAGGGCUUCUUUGACUCCCUCGGCUCUGUCCUCGGCAAGGGCAUCGGCUUCGCUAAGCCGUUCAUCGCGAGUGCCGCGCAAGGGGCACUCAGCGGCGUCAUCGCCCGCCUCAGUGGUGGCGCAGAGUCCUCCUUCGACGCCCCCGCUGUCGGCACUCACGAGUAUGCCACUCGUCUCGCAUUCAAGCGUGCCGCUGCCGCAGAAGCUGCCCUGCAGACUCUCAUGGAACUCCCCAAGGAGAAACUCGACCGUCUUCGAAUCAACGAGCCCCAGAAUGGCGAGGAGGGCUUCUUCGACGUCAUUAAGGCUGGCGUCCAGAAGAUUGCCCCCUCCGUGCUAGAUAUUGCCAAGACGGCUGUGCGCAAGGUCGUCCCUAUUAUCGUCGACGCUGCUUCCCAGAAGAUUAAGAACGCUGUUGGACCGGAGAGCGUCGCCUCGGCUCCCCGGAAUAACGUCAACACUACCAACGUUAUUCGAACCAAGAAGUCCGUCGGAGACAUGCUCACCACGUCGGCUCAGGCCUACAAGGGAGCGAAGGUGAGCAACAACCCCGAUGAUUCCAACGCCAUGAACGCUACUCUCGAGGACAUUCUCAAGUCCCAUGAGAGUGCAUGGGUGCCUUCGCUCCAUAAGCGCAAGUCCUGGGACUCGAACGAUGACGGCCUCUGCAUGAUGGACGACGAAGAUUUUUGA